UCCUCGUUUCGCCUGUUGAGGGCGCGCCGCACCGCUUCAGCAACAUAGGGAACAAAAAGCAAAGAAGAAGAAGAGUCGACUCUUUGGCUGAUUGAGUCAAAAUGGCGGCUUCCCUGCUGAGGCUCACCCGCGGGACUUUGUGUAGAAGCCUGGCAGCUGUGAGUCGGAAUGCUGCACUGAUCCCAGCACGCUCUGAAGCGACGGUGACCGAGACGAGCCCUACAGUUCGACCCAAGGAUGCGGUGACUCAUAACCAGCUUUCCCAGUUCGGGGAAUACGUGGCUGAAAUUCUUCCCAAAUACGUUCAACAAGUUCAGGUGACGUGCUACAACGAGCUGGACGUUAUGAUCCACCCAGAAGGAGUCGUACCAGUGCUGAGCUUCCUCCGGGAUCACACUAACGCCCAGUUCCGCAACUUAACCGAUCUCACCGUGGUUGACGUUCCCACCAGGCAGAACCGCUUCGAGAUCGUGUAUAAUCUUCUGUCGUUGCGCUUCAACUCUCGUAUCCGAGUAAAGACCUACACGGAUGAGCUGACCCCCGUCGACUCGGCCGUUUCCGUCCAUCAAGCUGCCAACUGGUACGAAAGAGAGGUUUGGGACAUGUUUGGAGUUUUCUUCGCCAAUCAUCCGGAUCUGAGACGAAUCCUAACUGAUUACGGUUUUGAAGGCCAUCCGUUCAGAAAAGAUUUUCCUCUCUCUGGAUAUGUAGAGGUGCGUUAUGAUGAUGAGCUGAAGCGGGUCGUGGCAGAGCCUGUGGAACUUGCCCAGGAGUUCAGGAAGUUUGAUCUGAACAGUCCCUGGGAGGCGUUUCCUGCAUACAGGGAGCCCAAAGAUUCCCCUAAACUAGAGGCUGGAGAUAAACCUGCGAAGUAACAUGCUUUUAUUUGUGAUGUGGAUGUCGCGUUCCUCUACGCUUUUUUUCCGCUACCGUAUUUAUGUAAAUAUGAGACCCUGUGUUGACUUUAUUUCAGAGACCUCUCCAAGCAUCUGAAUAAAGAGUGAAUUCUAAAAGA